AAUCCCCCAGCGCAGAUCCAUCAUCCGCGCCGAGGUUCUGCCUUGAUACGCUUCCUUUCGCCCAGAGCCAUCUCGUUCAGAGGCGGGGUACGCAAAUACGCAAGUAUGCUCGAUGGUUGAGGCAUCCCAUAUUGUUGCGCGCGUUUGGGAGAUCCGCUGUGUCAGGCAGGUCACUGAUGGCGCCUCUUGGAUCAGACGACAUGCUGAUCAGGUAACCUUGUCGCACAGACGAGCGGGCUGCUUCUGGACUGCCGCGCAGCCCGCUGUACGGGUUCUGUCAAAGUUGUCAAAAUCGAGCUCACAGACACGAGCAGGGCGCCACAAGCGGCGAAUCCUCUUAUCGCUGCAGUCAAUUCAUUCCCACAUGGGACGGAUACAGAAGGUGAAUAACGAUUUUUCUUUUGUUUCAAAAGUCUGUGCUCACUCAGUCUCUUUCCACAGUACAGGGCAACAGACCGAUGUCACCGUACCGGAUGCAUGCGAAAAGAAAAGAGAAAACGAGGGGCAGCAGGCGGCGUCGACCCUCGGAAGCGUUUGGAUGGGUGUUAUCAGAGGACCAUUAAGAUCCAGUCCUGUUGCAACAACCUCCCCCGCCUGCCGCAGAAAGUGUCUCCACCCACUUAACGCCCUGACCCGGCUUCGGCGUAGAGGUGUCGGACCAGGGCUGACUCUCUCUGUGUUGCGCGGUCAGGGUCCGCAAGGUCUGUCGCUUUGGGGAUGCCGUCGUCGACUCCCCGGCUUUGGGCCACCAGAGAACGCCGAUCUACGGUACUCGGUACGGUCUACCAUCACAGGAUGGGCAAGAGGAGCAGACAGUUCGUCUGGGCGUCUGGGGAUGGGCAAGCGCGCUUGUCUCUUAUGACGAGACACACACGUUCUGCAUGUGGUGUCCUUGAUUUCUUGGUUCUCACGGGGGCGAGGGAGGGUCGUCACGAGCCCACCUUGCUCCGCUCUGGAAGUCAUGUUGGCGGUGGUGCGGUUCCUGCAGCAUCAUGACUCUCCUUCUCAGACUGGAGCGUGUGGGAGGGG